AUGUCUGAGGCGACUCUGUUAUCUUAUACUAAGAAAUUAUUGGAUUCACCGCCACAAUUGACUAGCGUAGACUUACACGAUGCGCUACUGGUCAUAUUAAGUCUUUUGAAGAAAUGUGACACAGAUAACGAUGAGAAUCUUUCCAUCUAUACCAAGGUUUCCAGUUUUCUCACGGCAUUGAGAGUUACUAAACUUGAUCAUAAAGCGGAAUACAUUGCAGAAGCUGCGAAGGCCGUGCUGAGACAUUCCGACCUUGUUGAUCUACCUUUACCGAUGAAGAACGGAUUAUCAUCAGAGGAAGGGCCAGUGAUCUUAGAUAUUGUAGGUACCGGUGGUGACGGACAGAAUACUUUUAAUGUUUCCACUUCUGCUGCUAUCGUUGCUUCCGGGAUUCAGGGUCUGAAAGUUUGUAAACACGGCGGUAAAGCUUCCACAUCUAAUAGUGGGGCUGGUGACCUGAUUGGAACUUUAGGCUGUGAUAUAUCCAAGGUUACUUCAUCAACAGUGCCCAGCUUAUGGCCAGAUAACACAUUUCUGUUUCUACUUGCCCCUUUUUUUCAUCAUGGAAUGGGUCACGCUUCAAAGAUACGCAAACUUCUUGGAAUUCCAACCAUUUUCAACGUGCUAGGACCACUUCUACAUCCAGUUAGUCACGUCAAUAAAAGAAUAUUAGGCGUUUACUCAAAGGAGCUUGCGCCUGAAUAUGCCAAGGCAGCCGCUUUGGUAUAUCCAGAAAGCGAAACUUUCAUAGUUUGGGGGCAUGUUGGGUUAGACGAGGUAUCACCUAUAGGUAAAACUACCGUCUGGCAUGUCGAUCCAACAUCUUCCGAACUUAAACUGAAAACCUUCCAAUUAGAACCUUCAAUGUUUGGUUUGGAAGAGCACGAAUUGUCGAAGUGUGCUUCAUACGGGCCCAAAGUGAAUGCAAGAAUUCUAAGAGAGGAAGUCCUGUCCGGCAAAAACCACCUUGGCGACAAUAAUGCUAUUUAUGACUACAUUUUGAUGAACACCGCCGCGUUAUAUUGUUUGAGCCAAGGUCAUCAGAACUGGAAGGAAGGGAUCAUCAAGGCAGAACAAAGCAUACAUUCCGGUAACGCAUUACGUUCUUUAGAACACUUUAUAGCUAGUGUGAACUCCUUGUAG